AUGAAUAUGUUCUUAUAUGUGAUAAAUCCAACAUCUGAGUGUCUGGAUCACCACACUUACCAUCAGCUUCAGAACCAUAAGAGAGGUCAUGAAAGCAACUUGGCAUCAGCAAAUAUCAUUUCACAAUAUAUUGCAGAGGAUGUUGAAAUGCAAAAUGAUAUUAGAAAUGACAUUAUUGACAAUAAUGAAUUAGUUAACGAUUCAGAUAAUAAUAAUCAGUAUUAUGCUGUGAAUGCAAUAGAGAUCGACGAGGUCAUUUCUUACAAGUGCAGUUGUAGUUUCGAGGACAGCGAGGGUGAAGCUCAUAUUUAUGAUAGCAGCAGAAUUGAUAGCAAUACCUUUACAAAGGCCAAGUUGAUGAAUCACAAUGAAGUUAUGUUGGAACCUGGGGCUAAGAUCAGCCACGGCAAAACUGUCGAUGCUUUGCUCAAGUCCAAGUCAAGUGUCAAGGGCCAUGAGUAUGAUGUCUGUCUUAAUGGUUGCCAAUUGUAUGGCAUUAAUGACGAUCAGGAAUCUUGUGUUGACUGUGACGAACUGCAAUACAAGACUGAUACUGAGCAAAGUCAAACACCAGCUGCCAGUAUGAAGCUUAUGUCAGUUGGUGAUAUGUUUUCUCAAAUGCUGGCUGAUUCAGCCACAAGAGAACUCCUUCAUUACAGAGCUAACUGGGAAUCUGUAGCUGGUCAGCUCACCAAUAUUUUUGAUGGUAAAAAUUACAAGCAGUUGGUGCAGCAAGGCUUGUUCUCAAAUCCCAACAAUAUUGCCAUUGGGCUAUAUACCAAUGGUUUUGUUAACCAAAAAAAGGGCAAGAGUUCAUACACCAUUGUUCAUGCUGUUCUGGCAAUCUUGCCUGGUCCCAAGAAGCCUACCCACUUGGACUCUUUCCUGGGCAAUGGAGUUGAGGUUUGCCGUGCCAAGAUCCACUUGUUGCUUGCUUCUGGUGACAUCCCAGCUGUGGCUGACAUGACAAACAUUGGCUCACAUGCCAGUUUGUUUGGUUGCCAAAUCUGCAAAACAAAGGGAAAAGCCUCAGAAAACAGAUGGCACGGAAUAUACUUUGAAGAUAGUUCUGCUCCUUUGCGACCUUUGGAAGACUUCAAAACUGGCAAUCCUAUAAAAAAUGUAUACCAGCCAAGCAUCUUUAGUGAACUGUCAACCUUCUUUGCAUCUUCCUUCUUUGCACUGGAUGAACUUCAUUUAGUUGCAAGAGGAAUUGGAAAGCACAUUUACGACUUGAUCACUGUGUCCCUUACCAAGGAGACAAAAAUUUUUAUACCCGUCCGGAUGAUACCCUCUCCACCACAAAAUACCCAUUUUUCAUACCAAGAACUAGUCUUGUGA